AUGGGGAAGAAGGUGGCCAUCAUCGGAGCUGGAAUCAGUGGCUUGGCCUCCAUACGGUGCUGUCUGGAGGAGGGGCUGGAGCCCACCUGCUUUGAAAGGAGCAACGAUGUUGGAGGCCUGUGGAAAUUCUCGGACCACGCAGAAGAAGGCAGAGCCAGCAUUUACCCGUCUGUGUUCACCAACUCUUCCAAAGAGAUGAUGUGCUUCCCAGACUUCCCGUACCCCGACGAUUACCCCAACUUCAUGCACCACAGCAAGAUCCAGGAAUACAUAGAGGCUUUUGCCCAAAAGAAGAAUCUCUUAAGAUAUAUUCGGUUUGAGACCCUGGUUUCCAGUAUAAAGAAAUGUCCCAGCUUCAGAGUUACUGGCCAAUGGGAAGUUGUCUCGGAAAAGAAUGGGAAGCAGGAAUCCACUACUUUUGACGCUGUAAUGAUUUGUUCGGGCCAUCACGUAUACCCCAAUCUGCCAAGCGAUUCUUUUCCUGGCCUAGACAAGUUUCAAGGCCAUUACCUCCACAGCCGGGACUACAAGGGCCCAGAAGCCUUCAAGGGGAAAAGGGUCCUCGUGAUUGGCCUGGGGAACUCGGCAUGUGACAUUGCUGUUGAGCUCAGUCACCUGGCUACACAGGUCAUUAUCAGCACCAGAAGUGGUUCCUGGGUCAUGAGCCGGCUUUGGGAUGAUGGCUGUCCUUGGGACAUGGUGUAUGUCACCCGCUUUGCAAACCUCCUCUGGAAUGUUCUUCCUUCAUUUGUCUCUGACUGGUUAUAUGUCAAGAAGAUGAACACGUGGUUUAAGCACGAGAACUAUGGCCUGAUGCCUUUAAAUGGCACCCUGAGGAAUGAGCCUGUUUUCAACGACGAGCUCCCAUCACGCAUCCUGUGUGGCACCGUGUCCAUCAAGCCCGGGGUGAAGGCGUUCACAGAGACCUCGGCCGUGUUCGAGGAUGGGACCGUCUUUGAGGCCAUCGACUUUGUCGUCUUUGCAACCGGCUAUAAUUAUGCCUACCCCUACCUUGAUGACUCCAUCAUCCAGAACAGGAACAAGGAGCUCUACUUGUUUAAAGGCAUCUUCCCCCCGCUGAUGGAGAAGCCGACCUUGGCUGUGAUUGGCCUUGUCCAGUCCCUUGGGGCUGCCAUCCCCACAGCCGACCAGCAAGCCCGCUGGGCUGUUAAAGUGUUUACAAACUCAUGUACCCUGCCGACUCCAAAGGAAAUGAUGGAUGAUAUUGAUAAGAAAAUGGAGAAGAAACUCAAGUGUGUGUUCUUCUCUUUGCUCAGGUUUGGCCAGAGCCAGACUUUGCAGACCGAUUACGUCACAUACAUGGACGAGCUGGGCUCCUUCAUAGGGGCCAAGCCCAACAUACCAUGGCUGCUCCUGACUGAUCCCCAGCUUGCCCUCGAGGUGUACUUCGGUCCCUGCACCCCAUACCAGUUUCGACUUAUGGGCCCAGGGAAGUGGGAUGGAGCCAGAAAGGCCAUCAUGACCCAAUGGGACCGAACAGUCAAGCCAAUGAGGACAAGAGCUGUCAGUGAAGCUCACAGACCCCAACCCUUUUAUGACCUGCUUAAAAUGCUUUUAUUUCCACUGCUGCUUCUUUCUGUUUUGCUUCUGUUCUAUUAAUGAGAAAGCUCUUUGGGUCUCAGAGUUCAGCCUAGAACUUUAAUGGCGGAUAUGCCUAUACAUACAGAUAUAUAAAAUCUCAUAGCUGCU